AUGAGUGAACCAGCUUCGGAUGAACGCCCGCAGAAGCGCCCGAGGCUUGAAGCCGACCAAGACGCAGGUCUGAGCCAGGAAGAUCUGCAUACAGUCUCGGAAUCGAAAUUGUCGGACACUCUUCUCGCGGAUGAAAUUGCGAAAGAGCUUCAGGUGGGUAUCACUACCUAUGUUGAGUCUUCUAAAAGUGUUUUUCGGGGCGUUUUGAAGAAAAGAUAUACCGACUUUCUCGUCAACGAAAUCCUCCCGGACGGAACAGUCUUGCAUCUCCAGAAUACGGCGGCGAGGCCCGAUCGUGCUUCUAAUGGUUCAUCUACGGCACAAGGCAAUUCAGACAAGUCUAUUCAAGAACCGGUGAAAAGUGAGACUGUCUUAGAACCGGCUGUGAAACCGGUCGAGCGAGAAAGCCAAAGUAACGAAGCCGUCAAGAAUGAGGUUCAGGAGACAAAGCAAGAGGUUUCUGAAGAUGACCGCGCCAAACUCGUCAAUUACUUCAACGAGGAAGUUGUUGUUGAGUUGAUAUCUCUUUACGACUCCAUUGUACAGUCGCCCAACAAGAAGCCCAAGGAACAUCCCACAGUACGCACCGAGUUCACGACCGAUAGGUCAGUACGGUCACAGAUCCAUCAGGACAUCCGACGCAUAUUCAAUAGGAAGAUCGACUCCUCAACUGAUAAGGACGGUAUUCUGGUCCUCACCGCCGCGGCGAUUAACAAUAACGGUCGAGAUGGGCGCCAAGCACACCAGAAGAAGGAUGGUCGCCCAGGGAAGCUAGGUUGGCUGGAUCGAGGAGGCGAAUACGUUCAUUUCACGCUCUACAAAGAGAACAAGGAUACGCUCGAGGUCAUAUCGUUCAUGACAAAGCAGCUCAAGACGACGAACAAGACUUUUCAAUUUGCAGGCACCAAAGACCGACGAGCCGUGACAGUACAACGCGUCAGUGCGUAUCGUGUCGAUGCGGACCGCCUCGCAUCACUCAACAGAUGUUUGCGAUACUCUGCCGUCGGUGACUUCAAAUAUCAGAAGCAGGGUCUGGAACUUGGUGACCUCAGUGGGAAUGAAUUCGUGAUUACCUUGCGCGACUGCGGCGUCAUCGAUUCGGAGACUGAUUCUGUGGAAGAAAAGGCAUCCCUUGCGCAGGCGCACCUGUCAGGUGCCCUGCAGCAGCUCCGAGAAAAAGGGUUUCUCAACUACUACGGGCUUCAGAGAUUCGGUACGUUUGCUCAGAGAACGGAUGUGGUCGGUGUCAAGAUCCUGCAAGGAGAUUUCAAGGGGGCAUGUGAGGCUAUUCUCGAUUUCUCGCCUACAGCUUUGCAGGAUUCUCAGUCCUUGCCCACGGGGGUGAUGGUCGGUCAAGACGAUCGCGCGCGAGCCGUUGGGAUCGACUUAUGGCAGAAAACCGGCAGGGUAGGGGCUGCACUCGAUAGCAUUCCCCGCAAGUUCUCUGCAGAGAUUGCGCUCAUCAGACACCUGGGCAGGAAUUCCAAGGACUACAUGGGUGCACUGCUGUCGAUCCAGCGAAACCUGCGAUUGAUGUACGUCCACGCGUAUCAGUCGUUGAUCUGGAACUUGGCCGUGGGUGAGCGCUGGAAAUUGUUCGGUGGCGCCGUGGUUGAAGGCGACCUUGUCCUCGUGCAUGAACAUACCGAGAAGGAAGUCCAGAAAGAGCCUGAACAGGCUGUCGACGCAGAUGGUGAAGUCAUUAUUCAACCAUCCGGCGAGGACAGGGCAUCCGAUCCGAACGACGUGUUUGAGCGUGCCAAAGCACUCACUGCAGAAGAGGCGGCCAGUGGGAGCUAUACCAUCUUUGAUGUCGUGCUUCCCCUGCCGGGCUUCGAUGUGGUGUAUCCGGCGAAUGCGAGCGGUGAGUGGUACAAGACGUUCAUGGCGAGCGAGGCAGGUGGAGGCCUUGAUCCACACAACAUGCGUCGCAAGCAGAGAGAUUUCAGUCUGAGUGGUAGCUAUCGGAAGAUUGUGGCUCGGAUCGGCGAGGACUUUGAUGUGAAGGUUCACCAGUAUGCCGAUGAUGAUGCACAGUUCGUUGAAACGGAUAUGGAUCGAUUGAAGAGCAGACAGGCCCAGGGUGAAAAGAAUGGCUCUGCGGGGGGUGGGCCGAAAGACAAAAGUGACGACGCAAACAGCGAUGGUCGACCGUCGAAAGUUGCGGCAGUGCUCAAGUUUCAGCUUGGCUCAAGUCAGUAUGCGACUGUUGCACUGCGAGAGUUGUCAAAGGGCGGUGUCCAAGCAUACAAGGCAGAGUUUACCGGUGGGAGGUGA